UCCCUCUAAAAUCACGUUUAAGUGAUACCGUGUAUCUACUUUUGAACUGCGAUAACACGUAACUACACAAUUUAGCAUUGUGUUUUCAAUGUGAACAUCCGUCAUCAACAAUAUUAUAUAAUUUGGCGUCAAAACUCAGUAAGUUGUAAAAAUGACAUCUAAAUCAAGGAUUAAAUUAAUGAUGGAUAUGUCUACUAGUGACAGAGCUACUAUAGAAAAAAAUAGUUCAAUUAUUGUAUCAAAAACAAUUUUAAAAAAUGAAAUUCGUCAACCUAAUCCAUUAGUAUCAAGUGACAACACAUCAAAUAAACUAAUGCAUACUAGUCAGAAUAAGAUUGAACUUGAUCCAAACAUUGAAGAAAAUAUUUUGUCAGAGCCUUAUUUUACUUUAGAAAAUAUAUUUUCUGAUGAUAUCUUUAUAGAAUAUGAGGAUCAUGAAUUGGACGUUCCUGCAGAAUAUGCUAAUAAUAAUAUUAUAGUUGAUGAAAAUAGGAAUGAGAAUGAAAAUUACUUGGAAGGCAUAAAUAUGAACACAAAUGAGAAUGAAAAUUAUUUGGAAGACAUAAAUAUGAAUACAAAUGAGAAUGAAUAUUACUUGGAAGACAUUAAUAUGAACACAGAUAAUGUAAUAGGCGUAAAACGAAACAGAACAUCACAAGAAGAAAAGUGGAAAAGAAAAAAUAAUAAACACAAAAGAAUGACUGGCCAAGAAUAUAUUGGAUUUCAACGAAAAGGGAAAGUAGUAGAGCAUAAUGUUGUAAGAGAACCAAGAAGUUUAGGAGAUAUGUGUACUUCUAGAUUUUGUUUAAAAGCAGUUAAUCGUUUUUGUAAUCAAUUUGAUGAAAGCCAAAGGAAAGAAAUUUUUUUUAAAUUUUGGAACUCUUCAUGGGAAGAGAAAAAAAUUUAUGUUUUGAGUCUGGUUAUUACAAUUGAACCAAAAAGAGACACAACUGGAAAUAUUUAAAUUGACAAAUCAAAUUUAUUAAAAUGAAAUCAA